UGGUGAUGCUUGUCCGAUGGCGCGGAUCCAUUGGCUCCACGGUCUGGGGAAUUAACCAGGACAGUCCUCGGCUGAAAGGCAAUCACGUCAAUCGGAUAUAAGCGAAGAGCAAGCUUUCUGACUCGUCCAGGGACGUACGGCGUUGGUUGGCUGUGCAGUCAGCGACCAAGGCAUGCAGGCGUCAUUGGUGGAAAUUCCCCAGGAAAGCCCGUCGAUCCUCCAUCGCAGCGUCAGUCAAAUGCCUGUGCAUGAUGGAUUUCCCCGGUUUUUCUCCGCACCGUUCAGCCGGCGAUAUUGCUGGAUCGUGUUUCGGUGCAAGUCGUGCCGAGUCUGGUCUGAUUGCCAAUCGAUGAGCGAAGUCGAGUUAAUAAAGGACGGUGAUGGAUGGACCAGGAUGUCGGAUGAUUCCUAGGCAAUUGCAACGCGGAACCAACGGCAACCAUGCAACUGUUGGCUUCUCUUUCGAUCCUGUUGGGGCUGUUGGCCGUCAGCCAUGCCGGCAAUGUGGAAAAGAACAACAACGUCUGCACCGUCAAGGCCAACGGAGGCCAGCAAGACGACGUCCCCAAUCUGCUAGAGGCAUUUGAGCAGUGCGGCAAUGGAGGCACCAUCAUCUUCCCCGAGGAUCAAACGUACUGGAUCGCGACGAGGUUGCAUCCGACAUUGAAUGACGUGGCGAUCGAAUGGCGGGGGAAGUGGACAUUCUCCGACAACCUCACAUACUGGCGCAACAACUCCUACCCCGUUGCCUUUCAAAACCACCACGCCGGCUUCAUCAUCAGCGGCCACAACAUCUCCGUCAAUGGCUACGGCACCGGAGGCAUCGACGGCAACGGCAAUGCCUGGUACAAUGCUGAGAAGGGUGAUACGCAGCCUGGACGCCCUAUGCCUUUUGUCUGGUGGAAUGUCUCCGAGGUCGUCGUCGACAGUUUCUACGUCAAGGACCCGCCUCUGUGGAGUGUCAACAUCAUGAAUGGGACUAACAUGCGCUUCAACAACAUCUACUGUAACGCCACGGCCGUGAAUGCUCCCUGGGGUGAUAACUGGGUGCAGAACACCGAUGGCUUUGGUAGGGCGUCCAUAAUCUUGCAUACAGACACAAUGGAUGCCGUCAACAUUCAACUUACCAACUUUGUCUACCAAGGCGGAGAUGACUGCAUUGCCAUCAAGCCACGCUCCUACAACAUUGAUAUACAAAACGUCACCUGUGUCGGUGGAAACGGCAUCGCCAUCGGCAGCUUGGGCCAAUACCUGGAAGAUAGCAGUGUGGCCAAUAUUCGCGUGGACAAAGUCAAGAUCGUCCGCUACAACGAAGACAUGCACAACAGCGCCUAUCUCAAGACCUGGGUCGGAGCCCUCGUUCCCCAGAGCUCCUACGAAAGCGGCGGUGUCCCUCGCGGCAACGGCUGGGGUAGUAUCCGCAACGUCCUGUUCUCCAACUUUGAUGUCCACGGCGCCAACGCUGGCCCUUCCAUCAGCCAGGACAGCGGAGACAACGGCUCCUAUGCGGGAACGAGCAAGAUGUCUAUUUCGAAUGUCGCGUUUGUCAAUUUCACGGGUUGGGUGGAUACUAGUAAAUCGGUUGUCUCGACGGUCUCGUGCUCCGAGGUUCACCCAUGCUAUAACAUUGACUUUGAUAAUGUGGUGCUGUAUCCUGGGAAGAAUGCAACAACGCCGGGGACGGGGUCUUGCAAAUAUACGGCGGACGGAGGGGUGCAUGGCUUGAGCGGUUGUUGA